AUGGCUCCCCCGAGUGCGAUUGUCGUGGGUGCUGGAGCUGGAGGUAUCGCCACCGCCGCCCGUCUUGCCAAAGCCGGGUACAAGGUCACGGUUGUGGAAAAGAAUUCCUUCCUCGGCGGCCGGUGUUCACUAGUGCAUCACGACGAAUUUCGAUUUGAUCAAGGGCCGUCGCUCUUGUUGAUGCCCGAAUGUUUCCAGCAAACAUUCGAGGAACUGGGCACCACCCCGGAAAAGGAGAAUGUCAAGCUCUUGACAUGCGACCCCAACUAUCGCAUUUGGUUUUCCGAUGGAGACCACCUGGAGAUGUCGACCGAUAUUGCCAAAAUGAAGCCGCAAAUUGAGCGCCUGGAGGGUGCCAAUGGCCUCGAGGGGGUGUUUGGGUUCUUGAAGGAGUCUGGCGCUCACUACGACUUGGCCAUGGAGCAUGUUCUCUGCAAAGACUUUCCUAACAUUUUCGCCAUGCUUCGUCCGGGCCUCGUGAAAUCACUUCUCGCUCUGCACCCCUUUGAGAGCAUGUUCAGCCGCGUAAAGCGGUAUUUCAAGUCGGACAAGCUUCGGAGAGCGUUCACAUUUGCCAGCAUGUACUUGGGAAUGAACCCGUUCGAGGCCCCCGGAACGUAUUCGCUUCUGCAGUACACGGAGCUGGCACACGGUAUUCUCUACCCUGAGGGUGGUUUUGUCAAGGUUCUUGAAGCGAUCGCCCGGGUUGGAGAACGGCUCGGGGUGACUUUCCGCUUGAACACGCCAGUUGCCUCGAUCCUUCAGGCGGCUGAUGGCUCCGCCCGUGGAGUGCGCCUCACCUCGGGAGAGGAGCUCCUGGCCGACGUGGUGGUCAUCAACGCCGAUCUGGUGUACGCCUACAACAACCUCCUGCCACAGACCAGCUAUGCCAAGAGCUUGACCAAGCGCAAAGCUUCCUGCAGCAGUAUCUCUUUCUUCUGGUCCUUUGACCGAGUCAUCGACGAACUCUCCGUCCACAACAUUUUCCUGGCCGAGGAGUACAAGGAGAGCUUCGAUUCCAUCUUCCACCGCCACCAACUCCCCAAAGAUCCAUCAUUCUACGUCAACGUCCCCAGUCGCAUUGAUCCCACGGCAGCCCCCACGGGGAAGGACUCCGCGGUGGUGCUGGUCCCCGUGGGUCACAUCGACGACGACCCUUCCAACCCGCAGGACUGGGAUGUGCUCGUUGACCGUGCUCGUGAAGCCGCCUUCAAGACGAUCGAGGCUCGCACGGGAGCCAAGGGUCUCCGCGAGAGCAUCAUUCGGGAAACCGUCGAGACCCCCACCAGCUGGAAGGCCAAAUUCAACCUGGACCGUGGCGCCAUCUUAGGUCUCUCCCACUCCUUCUUCAACGUCUUGAGCUUCCGCCCGCAGAACCGACACUCGGACAUCAAGGGCUUGUACUUUGUGGGUGCAAGCACGCAUCCCGGUGCGGGUGUGCCCGUCGCCCUGAUGAGUGCCAAGGUCACCACCGACCUGAUUCAGAAGGAUGCUCGCAAGCCCACCGGCGGACGAUCCGCCUGGAUGGUCUGGUGGUUCGUCGUACCUCUGUUGCUGGCCGUUUUUUCGUUCUCCAAGUACGGCUCUGUGGCCUGGUCAAGGGUUCUGCCCCUGGGUGCAAAGCACUAA